AUGGCGACAGCAAGCCGUGGCAUGACUGACCAGGAACUGUUCCUGAGCAGACCUGUCCCGGAAGAUGGAGGAGACAGCCCGACUGUUGAGCCCCUGCGUAUCUUUAAGCCGACCAGCCCUCAGCCAAGCUCGCGCACUUCCUCCGCCUCUACCAGCCGGCCGGCCUUUCCUCUACCACCGGGUGCCUCCAGCUCCGCCGCGCCUCUACCAUUCCCAGACGACGACGAUAUGCACAGACCGACUCCUGCAAAGCCCUACGGGGCUGCUUAUAACGAUACCACCCCUCGUCUAGAUACAGGUUCCAUCGACAAGAGACCUGGCCUCGCCGAACGUCGUGGCGCUGCCCCCAAACUUAUCCAUUCGCCUUCAAGUCCCGACUCUGACCAAGGCUUAUUCGCUCGGCCGCUCAAGGAGCAAGCCCGCCCAGCAGCACAGCCGUCGGCUUAUUCUAACUACCAAAAUAGAACUUACUAUCCACCUCCUGGAGCCGCUGGAUCGUCAUCCUCUUCUUCGUCUAGCUCGCAGCCUCAGCCACAGUCGCAGCCGCAAUCGGCAGCUGUCAGCCAUCUGAAGCAGUCCGAUCAAGCCGUUAAUCGGUUCCCGUCAACGGCCUCAAACUCAACUACAAAGGCCACUCGCGGCUCUCCUCCGCCCCCGGAGACCCCGAUCGUCGAGCCUGGUGUCAUCCCUGGUGGAGGCAUCGAGGCUCGUUAUGCUGCUUCUGGCAUUUCUGGCACAGCAACACUUACAAGCCUUCAAGCCAGUCAAGCUCAGAGCGCCGCUGCUGCCCAGAGACUUGCGCAGUAUGGAAACCAGGCACCUCAGCCCCAACGACCAUGGACACCGACAGAGACUCCUGACCAGGCACCUUCGGGCCCGCCCACGGUCUACCAAGGUUCCAAUGUUAUAUCGAGCCCUCAGCCGCAGAGAAUUCACACUGCUCCUCCCCAGCAGCCCGCUCCGAUUCAAAACAGCCAGAGCAAUCAACAAGUUCAGGUCAGCGUUUUAGAGCAGGACUUUCAGCGUCUUGGUAACAGCUCACCACCACCGGCAUACUCCAGCGUCAAUCCAGGAGGAAACUCGUCGUACCCAAACGAAAAGCGUCGCCCUCAGCAAAACGGCAACGCUCGCCCAGCACCUGCCGCUUCGCAGCCAGCUCAGACAAACACCGCAACUUCAAGCCAAAAACCAGCGGCCUCGAAGCCUGUCGCCGCUGCCGCUGCCGCUGCCGCUGCCGGUUCUGCCACCGCCGCACAAAUUCUCUCUCCGGCUCUGCAGCAUCCUGGACACCCUGCUUUUGCAAAUGAUCCUCGGCCAGAACCAGCUGCUGUGCCCCAGCAAAACGGCGCCUCGGCCGAGGCUCAAGCAAUAGGUCCUGGGCCUGCUUCGCCGCCUCCACUCCCGGAAGGCUGGAUCGCCCAUCUCGAUCAGAACUCUGGCCAAUACUAUUAUAUACAUCUCGCGACUCAGGCUACUCAAUGGGAGUUUCCCAAAGGUCCAAACCCGAUUCAACCUGAGCAGACUCCACUGUCUCCUACCGCUUCAACAUAUGGAAAUCCGCUCGUGUCGCCCGUCUUUGGCAAACAAAGCCUGGCCUCACCCAUGUUCCCUCCCCAUACUCCGGGAUACGCGGAGAGUAUAAUGAGCGUGGCUGUUUCUCAAGCCCCAACUGCCGGAUUCUCGGGUCCUCCCCCGUCUGCAGGCGUAGACAUGUAUCGUGUUCAGCCUACAAACGGUGUCUACUUUGGCCCUUAUCUACGCUACGUCAACAUGGACAUCGAAAAGGGAAUCUGGUACGGUAGCAUACUAAUUGUUACGGACUCGCCUCAGCCGCCCACCAUUCACAUCCACCUCAGCGCUGAUUUAUCCCCAAGUCCGAGACAACUUGAGCCCCACGCCAUUUACACACAUCAAAGAUGGACAUUCUACAAGUACGAUAUCGAUCUUCAGAUGGGUGAGGGGGGCACGGAAAGAUGGACAUAUGCUGUAACCUCGCAUCUUGGGUGCACUCGAUACGAGUUUGUUGUUGCUGGUCGACACGAAACUGGUUGGAAAUUCAUUGCCCAUUCUGGAAAUGAUUUUGCGGCCAGCACAUCUCAAAAUGAGCGCGCCAAGCUCGGCGGUGUAGGAUUCAUGUGGAAAGAUGUCUUGCAGAAGAACGUCGACUGUGGGGGUUUUCACGCCCAGCUCGGGCUUGGCGAUCAGAUAUACGGAGAUCGCCUAUGGAAAGAAGUACCUCUCUUGAAGCAGUGGCUUGCCAUGAGCGGUCGCGACAAUAAAAAGAGCACACAAUGGACGGCGCGCCACGAAGAGGAUGUCUCCCAUGCCUACUUCCACUACUACACCAGUCAUUUCGAUCAGCCAUUUUUGCGCGAAGCGUUUGCUCAGAUCCCCCAUGUGCUUCAAAUUGAUGACCACGACAUAUUUGAUGGGUACGGGUCGUAUCCUCAGUACAUGCAAGCCUCGCCGGUUUUCAAGAAUAUUGGCCGCGUUGCCACGGAGAUGUAUCUGCUAUUCCAACAUCAUACCACGGUGGAUAUUAUGCGAAACGUCAGGACCGAUCACGACAUUUUCACCAUCACUGGAACAGGCUGGCAUUUUGUCAAAUACCUCGGCCCUGCCAUGGCCGUGGUUGGCACUGACUGUCGAUCUGAGCGAACGCAGGCGCGAGUAAUGGCGGGACCUACCUACCAAGGCAUCUUUCCCAAAGUGGCGACACUUCCGCCAAGCGUUCAGCAUGUGAUAUGGAUGGUAUCUGUUCCGCUCGUCUUCCCUCGACUUGAAGCCGUUGAGAGUAUUGCGAACACUGUCGCCGCAGGCAAGAAGGCUGUGAACACGACCUAUAAUAUCCUCGGCAAGGUUACGAGCUCUGUUGCUGGUGUUGUUGGCGGCAAAGAGGUAGUGGCCCAAGGCUUCUCCCAAGUCAAGAAGGCGGUGGGUAAAACUGGACUCAUGGGCAAUGUCCUCAAUCAGUUUGGAGAGCUUGAUAUCCAAGAAGUGCUCAAGGAUAUGUGGACUCACGAAACCAAGGAUUUGGAGCGAACAUACUUUAUUCGCACCUUGCAAGGCAUUGCACAGCAAAAGGGAGUUCGCAUGACAUUUCUUUCAGGCGAUGUAAAUUCGGCUGGCGCUGGCCUUGUUCACGAUCCCACACACCCCGGCGACCACAAGACCAUGUACCAGAUUAUCACCUCACCAAUUGUAGCAGCACCUCAGGGAGGCUACGUCUUGAAGCUCUUGCAUAACCAGAAGACGCUCUACGUGCCGCAAAAUGGCCAGAAGUCUACCCAUGAGGUGUCUGACACCAAGGAAGACAUGAUGGAGAUUUUCCACAAUGAUGCCAGUGGUGGCAUCCGAGAACUCAAGAAACUCAUGGGGCGCAGAAACUACGCAGCUUUCGUUGCCUACGACCAAGAAGCAAUCAUGGCCCAGAACCAGCCACCGUUCAGUCCCAACCCCAGCAUUAACAGUUCACAGCAAGGCUUGAGCAAGCUGAGCUUGGCGAUCGACUUUGUCGUGCAAGGCGACGGGCCGUAUUCAACGACUACCAAGUACGGUCCGGUGAUUAUCCCGCAUCUUGAGUUUGGAAGAUAG